ACUCAAUAUGACGUACCGCCUCAGCCACGAAGACUAUACGGUGGGCUGGGUCUGCGCUUUGCCCAUCGAGCUCACCGCGGCUCAGGAGAUGCUCGACAACGAGCAUGAUGACCUCCCUCAGGACAGCGAUGAUGCCAACACAUACACUCUUGGAAACAUUGGCGAGCAUAAUGUUGUCAUUGCCUGCCUGCCCGCAGGCCAGACCGGCACCAACUCUGCCGCAGCGGUGGCAAUGCAGAUGAAGUCCACCUUCCGCGCGAUUCGAUUCGGACUCAUGGUUGGGAUUGGAGGCGGCGUCCCUAGCCGAGAAACCAACAUUCGACUCGGAGAUGUUGUCGUCAGCGAGCCAGGCAAGGGCCAUGGUGGGGUCAUCCAAUAUGACUUUGGAACGACGACGCCGAAUGGUUUCGAGCAAACAGGCUUCCUAAAUACUCCUCCGCCAAUACUCCUCACCGCUCUCUCGAAGCUACAAGCAAAGCAUAACCGAGGCAAGAGUAAUCUCUCGAUGCACAUUUCCAAACUCGGCAAGCUUCCCCAGUUCAGCCGCGACCAGACUGGCGAGGAUGUACUAUUCGACGGAGGCUACAACCAUGUUGGAGGGGAUGACUGUAUGCUAUGCGACAACACACAGAAGCUGCAGCGGAAGGCACGGAUAGUCGAUACACCUGAAAUCCACUACGGCACGAUCGCAUCGGGAAAUCAGGUGAUGAGAGACGGGGCGAUACGAGACCGAAUCAGCUCUGAAUUGAAAAAAGUGCUAUGUUUUGAGAUGGAGGCGGCGGGCCUGAUGAACAGGUUCCCGUGCUUGGUGAUCCGUGGAAUUUGCGACUAUGCCGACUCUCACAAGAACAAGAGAUGGCAGCCGUACGCAGCUGGAACUGCGGCGGCAUACGCCAAAGAGCUGCUGUUAGUAAUGCCGGCGGUAGAUGUGAUGAAGACACAAACGGUCGCUGAAGCAACACAAGGGAUGCCUAUUUUCUACCUCCCUUUCCUACGAAAUCGCCAGUUUGUCGGUCGAAGUGCAGAGCUUGAUGUACUGAAGCAAAAGCUGCUUGUGAACAAAGACUGCCAGAAGGUGGCAAUCAGCGGCCUUGGUGGCAUCGGCAAGACACAAGUUGCGCUACAAUUCGCAUACUUUGUGAAGGAAAGCUAUCCAGAAUUCUCCGUCUUUUGGGUCCAAGCGUUGAGUAUAGAGACUUUUGAGCGCGGAUGCAUAGAGAUGGCAACAGCAUUAGGAAUACGUCAGGAAAGCAAAGAUGACGUCAAGAAACUAGUACAGCGGCGAUUAUGCGGAAAGGCCGCGGGCAAGUGGCUGCUUAUCAUCGACAACGCCGACGACCUAGACUUACUCCGUGGUUCUGAGCAAACGGAAGGUUUGCUAACCUUCCUACCAGAAAGUGAAAAUGGCCUGACCAUAUUCACGACGCGC